GUGAACUUAGCGUUUACGCGCGUGCGCUUAUAUGUACGUAUUAUUAGCGUCUAGGCACCAGAAUAACGUGAACUAACUGAGCCCCGGCGAUCGCAAAUGGAACCAGAAACAAAAGGAUUUUGUCAUGGUGUUCCGACAGAUGAUUUGACUGUACUGAAAGGAUGUGUUUCAAGGAACAGGGCUCUUUUCUCCCCGACUUCAUCAGUAGGCAAACCCUCAAUUCAAGCAAGGGAUUUUAAAACAACUGGAACCUGGCCAGAUCUUAUUUCUUCACCUCAAAUAAGGUCCUCAACUGCUGCAAGAUAUCCUUCUCCAGAUAUAUCGAGUCCUUCUGAACCAAACUUGCAUUGUCUUACUGAUAUGCCAUUUUCUGUGAGCGUCCAGUUUUCAAAAGGAAGGCGCAAAGAUUAUGGGAACACACUGCACAGCAGUCCAGUCUCUACGUCAUCCCUGCCAAUAAACCACACACGUCAUUGUGAGUGUAGUACAUCAACUAAUAAGGCUCGUUUACGUUUCGAUGUCGCAAACAGCAUAAGCAUUCCCAGUGGAUUGAACUCAAGUUUGAAAUCAUAUAUUAUAAAGGAUCCUUUAAGCCAAAGUCGCUCUAAUAGCUCUUGUGUAUCAGAGAAGUCAGACCAACACCAUUUGCUGAAUGUUCCAUUUGGUCGCACUAAUUCUCUUGACAGUCAGAAGCCAGCAACUUCCCACUAUAAUCAAGCCCACCGAAAAGGUACAGCUUAUAUUCUACAUGGGUGUGCUUUGCCAUAUUUAGUAUUGUGGAGGGCAGUGAUAUGAUACAGUAUAGCGCAUGAAUAGGAAAUAAUCACAGUAGUAUAGGAAUGAGAAGGGUUCUGCAGCAUCAUGUGCAUACUUUGUACAAAUUGAUCACACGGUUGUUGAUAUAAUAUGUGUA